UAAAAUGAGAUAAUGUAGGUAUUCUGCCAACCACUAGAUGACUAUUGGUUAUUGUUUAUUGGAGCAGAUUCUCCUAUAGCAGAUGCCCUUGCCUUUGUGGCUGCCUCUGGACCCAAUCCUAAUCUCCCACAGCUCUUCUCCCCUUCACAUCACCUCCCCCCAAACAGAAGCAGUCUUGACUGGAAACCAACAGACUUGGGUCCUGCCGCUGCGAGCCCCUGCCCACAGUAACCAAUCAACAAGGUUCAUGGCAAGCCCAAGCUGGUUGGUUGCUUGGGUGAUCUGCCCCACCCCACACUUCCAAGUGUGCUCAAAGUCAAGCAGGUUUCCUCACUCCUCCCAUAUCCGUGCCUACCUGGGCGGAUGCUUGGCAGUCCCCUCUGAAUUGUCCUGCUAACAGCACAUCUCAGGCAUCCCGCCAGAAAAGAGGGACAACUUUGGCACCAUGAAGCUGAUCAGGGAGCGCCUGGGGCUGAGGGUUCUGCUGAGCACAGCCUUGGGGGGGCUGUUGAUACUGCUGGUGGGUCAGCUUUUAGAUUCCCGGACAUCUUCCAUGGAUUUGGGGCCCUUGGUCCCCACAGAGCUGACUGGAGAUACUUUGAGUACUCUAAGGAAGUUUGAGUGGCAGGCUCGGACACCACAUCCCUUGGACCCAAGAUACCCUUACCCCUACCCCUUCCUGCUCAACCAUCCUAACAAGUGUGAGGGCCCCAAAGGUACCCCUUUCCUGCUCAUGCUGGUCAUGACCCAGCCCCAGGAUGUAGGGGUGCGCCAAGCCAUCCGGGAAACAUGGGGCAAUGAGACCUCAGUGCCUGGUGUGGUCAUCCGCCGCCUUUUUGUUCUUGGCCUGCCCCCACCCCUCUUCACCAAGGAACUUCGUAUCCUCCUGGAGGAGGAGGACAUGGAACACGGGGAUCUCCUCCAGGUGGGCUUCCUGGAUACAUACAACAACUUGACUCUCAAGGUCCUCAUGGGACUGGAGUGGAUGGCGCAGCACUGUUCCACUGCCCGCUAUGUGCUCAAGGUGGAUGGUGAUGUCUUCCUAAACCCCAGCUUUCUGGUGCAGCAGUUGCUUCAGCCCAAUGGACCCCCAAGGCCCGACUUUAUCACAGGCUACAUCUACAGAGACACGGGCCCUCUUCGGAGCCCAGAUUACAAAUGGUACAUGCCCCCAGAGCUGUAUUCCCAGGACAAGUAUCCCCCUUACUGCGGGGGUCCCGGCUACGUCCUAUCUGUCCCCUUAGCCCUCAGGGUCCUGGCUGUGGCUCAGACAAUCAAGGUCAUCUACUUGGAGGAUGUGUUCAUAGGCUUGUGCCUACAUCAGCUUGGGGUGAAGCCCACUCCUCCUCCCCCCCAAACCUUUUUGAUGUAUCCAAUAGAGUACGAACACUGUACUUUCCACCGACUUGCCCUGGUUCACCAAUUCCAGUCCCAGGAACUGUUGCGAAUUUGGCCAGACUUCCAGACAGGCAAUAUAACCUGUCCUGUGGCAUGAGGGGCUGGAACAUGGAUCCACAGUCCUACCCCACUCCUCUGAGUUAAAUAAAGACUGUGGUCACUGGCUGCCUCUCAGAAGGCUUUCCAGGUCGCCCCCUGCCCUUAGGACAGAUGGGCAACUGAUCCCAAGGAUAUGAAUUCCAAUUCUGGCUCCUCCUUCAGUCAUGGCCAACUCUUCAGAGUUCCUUCCUACCCGGGUCUCUCUAUGGGGAAACCCAGAAUCCUCUGUGAAUUUAACCCCACUCCUCAGGGUCCAGCUCUGGGUUUUAGGAGUAAGUGGAAUACUUAAAUAAAUAAUGGAGUUAGAGUCAGAGGUCCUGGACCAGAAUCCUAGCUCUGUGAGUUGCUACCUGUAUGACAACAGACAAAUUGUAUACCCAAUUUGUGUUUUAUUUUUCCAUAUUUAAAAUAGAAAGGUUGCUGAUGUCCAAAGUUCCAAGUCCUUUGGUCCUAUUCCCUGAUCCAAUUCUCUGUAGAUAGGAUUUGCAUGAUAAAGGUUUGUCUAAAUGAAUGGAGGCUAAGAGGCAUUGUGGAAAAACAGAAAGAACCUCUCUAAGGGGGAGUUUGGAGACCUGAGCUCUAAGGCUAUCUGUCCUCUUUUCUUUCCCUUUUUUGGGGAAGGGCUUAUCGUUUUUUUAAUUUUAAGGGACACUUUCUAGCAAUAAGAAUUAUCUGAAGAAGUAGGCCUACCAAAUUCCUUUUAUAACACAAAUGUGGUGCUGAUAGCUAAACCAGGAAAAGCAAAAACAGAGAAAGAAAACUCUGGAUCAAUUUGCCUAAUGAAUAUUGAUGAAAAAAUUUUAAAUAAAGUAAUAGCAAGGAGACCUAGGUGUCUCAGUGGCUAGAGAGCCAGCUCUAGAGACAGGAGAAUCCUGGGCUCAAAUUUGACCUCCAACACUUUUUAGUUGUGGGACUGGUCAAGGUACUUAAUUCCAUUGUGGGUUAAGUGACUUGCCCAGAGUAAUACAAAAGUGUCUGAGGACGAUUUCAUUUCCAGGUCUGAAGCUCUUCUCCCUCUAUGUUAUUUUACUUGGUGAUCCCAUCAGCAUUCCUAUAUAGGCUCAGUUAUAAUAUCUGUGAAGAUUACUCUCACAUCUACUUAUCUAGCUGUCACCUCCUUUCUGACCUCUCAUCUUAUAUCUCCAACUGCCUUCUAGACAUCUUGACUUGGAUGUUUUUGUAAACAUCUGUAACCCAACAAAGAGACUUAGUGGAUAAAGAACCAAGCUUGGAGAUGGGAGGUCCUGGGUUCAAAUUUGACCUCAGACACUUCAUAGUUGUAUGACUCUGGGCAAUUGUCUAGUCCUUAGUGCUCUUCUGCCUUGGAUACAAUUCUAAGACAGAAGGUAAGGAUUUAAGAAACAACCCAACAUUUCCGAAUCUGAACUCAUUGUCUUUCCAAAACCUUCCUGAUCUUCCUAAUAUCCAUUAACUGUAGAGGGUAUCACCAUCUUAGUCAUUCAGGCUUACAACCUACAUGUCAUUAAGGACAUCCUCUUCCUGUAUGGCUUCAGGUAAGGCACAGCACAACAUUUGGAGCCCUGAAAAUUUGGAUUUAAAUCCCUUCUCAGAUACCCAGGAGAUGGACAAAUUAUUUAACUUCUCUGGGUCUUGGGUACUUGUAAGUAUUGGAUGAAAUAAGAAGUGCAAAGCACUUUGCAACCCUAUAAAUGUGAGCCAGUUAUAUUAGCCCUAGAUUCUGUACCUCAGUUGUCUUAUUUAUAAAAUGAGGAGUCUUGACUAAAUAACCUCUGAAGUCACUUUUAGUUCCAGUUUGAGCUCAGUAUCAGGGAGUGGGGUGGGAUAAUUAGGGGGUGGCUCCCGUCUCUCUUUGGACAAAUUAACUUUGUGGGGGCAUAGCUGCCAAUCUCCAAAGGGCCCCUCUGAGACAUAAAUGCUUCUCUUGGCUCUGAUAAAAUUGUCAAAACUUAAUGGUUGGAACACGAGAUUAUUUCCAUUCCCCACUCCCUCCAGAAAUGUAGCCCUUCAGGAUCAUAAUAGGUACUCCAUGGGCUAAGUUCACUUUGUAUAUUCCUAGGUGUGACAGGAGAAGAAGGCUCAUUACCAGUCUCACCAAACAGCAAUAUCAUUGCUCCUUCUCCCUGCCAAUGUUCUCCAGUACCAGGUCAACCCAGUCAAACCCAACACCAGGCAGAUAGAAAGUCUGACUACUCCAUAGCCCUUAACAUCAGCCCUAGAAGCAUACAAUAGAAAUUUUCUGGUGGGAGGGGAUGGAAAUGGGAUUGAACUAAUCAGAUCUUCCCUCAUCAUCCCUCUGGGAAUUUUAGAGCUGAAGGGGGAUUUCUGGACCUAUAGUGCCACCUCCUGGAGUGUCUGCCAUGGCUUGAACCCGGAGAACUUAAAAGAUGGUGCCCAAGGUCUGUGGUUCAAUCCUAUUCAUAACUGUUUUUUUCAGUAUUACCAAAUUUUCCCAGUCAGACACACUGACCAUCCUAGUCCUUCCUUGCAGGCUGAGCAGGGAAGAAAGGGUUGAAAGCCAUGGGAAAAGGUCAAGAAUAUCCACAAGGCUCUUGAGUCCCUUCAAAAGCUGAGUGGCAACUCCCUGCAAAGCAUAAAUUAAAUAGCUGGAUGCACAAUUUCCCCAGUAUCUUCAGAUUUCCUUUUCCUUUGUUGAAGAAAUUAAAUUUUUAAUGUUAUUUUUUAUUAAAUGUUAUUUUUUCGAUUACAUGUAGAUACAAUUUUUAACAAUUGUUUUCUGACAUUUAGCAAUUCAGAUUUUCUCUCUUCCCCCACCUCCCUGAGGCAGUCAAUGGUCUGAUAUAAGUUAUACUAGAUCUUUCAUGCAAUACAUAUUUCCACAUUCCCCAUGUCAGGAUUGAAGACUGUAAGAAUUAAAAUUAAUGGU